CCGGGAGAGGGCGGCGGGCGGCGGGCUGACGGAGGCGCGCUGACGGCCGCCGCCGCGGGGCGACGUUGGCGGAGGGGUGGGAGUGGAUGCGGCGCGGCGCCGGCCGCCGCUCGGCUUCUUCCUCAGGCGCCGGCCCGGCAGAUUCGGUUGUAAAUGCAUCACAAACUGCAAGCACAGAAUGAAGAAGGCAAGCAGGUCCGCACCUGCGGCAUCCAAAGUCCAGGGUACUUGUAAAAUGCAGACUGUUGAGAAAGUUAAAUCUGACAACUGUUCUUCACUGAAUACAAUCACAAAGACCUCAAAAACACCAGGGACAACAGCAACUUUGACCAAGACCAAGAGUAGAAGCAACGAUGAUCUGUUGGCCGGGGUGCCUGGUGGACUGACAGUGAACAACGCAACCAAAGCUAAGAAGAGUGUUUGCCUGCCAUCAUCAGUAGGAACGGGCUCUGCAGCAACUGCAUCAACCACAAGUAGCAAUCCUGAUGGCAAACUAAAGAAUCCUGCAGGUUUGAGUGCUACGUCCAAACGGAAUCCAGCUCCAGGAAAUAAAGAGAUCAAUUGUAGCAGAGACAAAACUCGUGAGCGGUCACGACAAAGCACAAUCAAAAAGUUGUCAUCUGCCAGCCAGGGAGGUAAUGAUGUCAUUAAAAGGUCACACGGUCGGAUGGCAGCAGAGUCUGACACUCGAAUUAGUAAAUCCAAAUCUGAUGGCCAGAUCAGUGACAAAGUUGCUCUGGAAGCAAAGGUAAAAGAUCUCCUUGCUUUGGCUAAAAAUAAGGACGUGGAGAUUCUGCAUCUGAGAAAUGAACUUCGAGAUAUGCGUACCCAGCUGGGACUGAGCAGCGAUUUGCUGGAAGGAGAGGAAAAGACUGAGACAAAAGAGGAUGCUGUACCCCAUCAGUCCAGAGAUGUAGAGUCAAGUCUGCUUCAGUUGGAAGAGCAGAACAGUACAAUCCGGGACGAGCUGAACCAGAUGAAAAAUGAGAACCGAAUGCUAAAAGAUCGUCUAAAUGCUCUUGGCUUCUCUUUGGAGCAAAAGGUGGACAGUGCAGAGAAGCUGUUUGGUUUUCAGUCCUCGAGCCCUGAGGUAGUUGCUGGCAACCAAAGUGAUGGCGGCACAUUAACUUCCUCAGUGGAGGGAUCAGCACUUGGUUCCAUGGAAGACCUCCUGAGCCAGGAUGAGAACACUUUAACCGACAACCGCAGCAAUUCUCUUGACAACCUGGACAGUGAAUCCAGUGAGGUCUACCAACCCCUUACUUCCAGUGAUGAUGCAUUAGAUGCUCCCUCGUCAUCUUCUGAAUCUGAGGGUGCACCAAGCAGGGAGCGGUCAAGGAAGGGGAGCAGUGGGAACGUGAGUGAAGUCUCAGUGGCCUGUUUAACAGAGCGCAUUCACCAGAUGGAAGAGAACCAACACAGCACAGCAGAGGAGCUCCAGGCUACCCUUCAGGAGCUUGCAGACUUGCAACAGAUCACACAGGAGCUGAAUUCUGAAAAUGAGAGGUUAGGGGAGGAAAAGGCCAUUCUGAUGGAUUCCUUAUGCCAGCAGAGUGAUAAACUGGAGCACUUCAGCAGACAGAGUGAGUAUUUUCUUUCUUUACUGGAUGAGCACCACAUUUCUUAUGUUCUAGAUGAAGAUGUAAAAAGUGGCCGCUACAUGGAACUAGAGCAGCGUUACAUGGAUCUUGCUGAAAACGCUCGUUUUGAACGUGAGCAGCUUCUUGGAGUACAGCAGCAUUUAAGCAACACUUUAAAGAUGGCAGAACAAGACAACAAGGAUGCUCAGGAAUUGAUAGGUGCUCUGAAAGAACGCAACCACCAAAUGGAACGGAUCAUGGAUUCUGAGCAAAAGGCCAAAACAGCGCUUGCUGGAGCAUUGGAAGAAUAUAAAGUAACUGUUGCAAAUGAUCAGAUUGAGCUGAACAGGUUCAAGGCUCUGUUAGAACACGAGAAACAGAAGGUUGCAGAAUUGUAUGCUUUUCACAAUGCAGGUGACAAGUCAGAUUUACAGGAACUGUUGGAGACAACACGACUGGACAAAGAGAAAAUUGAGGCCUUAUACAACAACCUCCAGGAGGAACUGGCCCAUACUCGUAAUGAUGCUAAUCGACUACAAGAUGCCUUAGCCAAGGUUGAAGAUGAAUACAGAAUCUUCCAAGAGGAAGCCAAAAAACAGAUAGACGAACUUAGCCUGAAUGUUGAAAAACAGCGAGUGGAACUGGAAGAAAAGGAAACUGAGAUAAAUGACAUGAAGGAGACCAUCUUUGAACUUGAAGAUGAAGUGGAACAACAUCGAACAGUCAAACUCCAUGACAACCUCAUUAUUUCAGACCUGGAAAACUCCGUUAAAAAGCUUCAAGACCAGAAGCAUGACAUGGAUAGGGAGACCAAAAUCCUUAACAGGAGACUCAGGGAGGAGUCGGCUGAGUGGCGGCAGUUUCAAGCCGACCUCCAGACUGCUGUUGUCAUCGCUAAUGAUAUUAAAUCUGAAGCACAAGAGGAGAUCAGUGAUCUAAGGCGGAGGCUGCAAGAGUCAAUGGAGAAGAGCGAGAAGCUCACCAAAGAACUAGAGGAAGUGAAGGCACGCAAGCAAGAUGAAGAGCGGGGGCGUAUGUACAAUUACAUGAAUGCUGUAGAGCGAGACCUUGCUGCUUUAAGACAAGGUAUGGGUCUGAGUCGCAGAUCAUCCACGUCUUCUGAGCCAUCCCCAACUGUCAAAACACUAAUUAAAUCCUUCGACAGUGCUUCCCAAGUUGUCCCUAACACUAGUGCAACUGCCAUUCCGCGGAGCCCUCUUAGUCCAAGCCCCCUGAAAACCCCACCAGCAGCUGCUGUGUCACCGAUACAGAGACAUUCCAUCAGUGGACCAAUAUCAGCACCAAAGACUCUAUCAGCACUUACAGACAAACGAUCAAGCUACACUGAGAUUUCAGUUCCAGAUCACUUACUGAGAUCUUCUUCUGCAAAUCGAUCACCAGCUUCUUUACAGAGAGUUCAGGCCAUUGACUCAGCAAAGUCCAUGUCCGUGUCUCGAAGAAGCAGUGAGGAGAUUAAACGUGAUCUGACAGUCACAGAUAGCUCCUCUCCUUCGUCAUUGAUGGGAAUGACUACCACAUCUCCGCAGCUGUCUUUGACAUCUUCAUCUCCUACAGCUUCAGUAACGCCAACUGCACGUAGCCGUCUCAGGGAAGAGAGAAAAGAUCCAUUGUCAGCAUUGGCUCGUGAAUAUGGUGGUUCCAAGAGGAAUGCCCUUCUGAAAUGGUGUCAGAAGAAGACAGAAGGUUAUCAGAACAUUGACAUCACAAAUUUCAGCAGUAGUUGGAACGAUGGCCUUGCAUUCUGUGCUGUGCUUCACACCUACCUUCCAGCGCACAUCCCAUAUCAGGAGCUGAACAGUCAGGACAAGAGAAGAAAUUUUUCUCUCGCCUUCCAGGCAGCUGAAAGUGUUGGCAUCAAGUCUACUCUGGAUAUCAACGAGAUGGUGAGCACAGAACGGCCAGACUGGCAGAGUCUGAUGCAGUACGUGACUGCGAUAUACAAGUACUUUGAAACAUGAGUCUUGCACCUGUGACCAGUGAGCCGGAGCUUGCAGAGCACAGUUGGCUUUGGGCACAAGUGUUGAUCGUGCCCUUCAUGUUACAACCUGCACUGAUAGACACUCAUAUCCAGCAACUUCAAGCAGCAUCACUUUGAAAGGAAGAAUGUUCCCUCUGGUUCUAUAAUAUGUCCAGUAAGGAGAAUUGCAGCUGAGGAAUAUCACAGUUGUUUCCAGCUUUAUCUGUGGGAUGUGCUUGCAGUGGUGAACUGAUGAAUGGUAACAGCUUCUAAUAGCAAAAAAAUGAAGUAUCCAUUCCAGCUAACCUUCAAAGACUUGCUCCACUGCUCUGAGAAGAAAGAUGAAGUUCUGUGGAGGCAGUCAAGCAGAGUGUUUUUCAGGUGUCUGUCCACACAGUAAGAUCCACGGUGCUGGCCUUAGGCAAUGCUCAUGUCCCAUUGUAAAGCCACAAGCUGCGGUAAAAUCUCAAACAUCGCCUUGAAAUUGCCAAGAUAAAUCACCUGGACAAUGUUUUUCGGGUUGAAUAGUCACAGGCUUCGCAUUAGAACUCAAUCCUGAGGCCGGCACUCUGGACAGUCUUUUGACUCUGUCGCAUCCUAAAAUCAUGGUCCACGAUUUAUAGAAAGACUUCCCCAAAGGAUCAGCUGCUACAUGGGUUUGAACAAUUACUCUUUCCCCUUUCAGAAAAGAAGUUGAAUCCAACGCAGACCAGUGAGGUGAAGUCUCCUGUGUCACAAAGCUAGUGUCUUCAUAACUGUCCUUAUUUAGAAUAUUAACCAAUUACAAGAACCUAGUAAUUUUUAUUUCUGCUUAUUAUGUUUUUAAUUUCUUGAGAGAAACUGUUCAUAUCAUCAACAGCUUCUAUUCCUGUAAAUCUGUCAAAGUGCACACUCAACGUCUGUAUGACUUGGUUAGGGAUUAACAUCAUUACAAGACCGUCAUGUCAGCCUGAGGUAUACCUGUUUACACAUCAGCCUCACAAUCUGUCAGUGUACACAUCCAGCAGUCCUUCACGUGAACCACACCAUCCAGAUUCAAAAGCAGUCUGCACAUCUAUACGACAGUUUGAUAUUUGAACGGUUCCAUUGCUUUAGCUUUUCAAAAUCACUCCUGGUAGGUACAUGUCAAAACUACAAACCUUCUGUUACUGGGACAAAUUAGUCACCACAUCAUCGUUGCAGCAGGAAAUUAAAAAAACCAUGCAUGCAACAAUACCACUGUUCUCAGGUCAGCUCUGAUGCACUUCUAACAACAUACAGUCAGUUUACACUGCACAUAAGUCAUGCUUCAGGGCACCCACAUGGAUUGUCUGAUGAUACUGUGCUAAAGGAGCUUUACUCUAUAUUUAAUAUAUGCUGUAUCUCUGCUGGGAAUGCUAUAAUGGGUCACUGUAGAGGAAAAUUUUACAGUGACCCAUUAAAGCAUUCCCAGCAGAGAUACAACAUUUAUUACAUGCAGAGUAAAGCUCUGUACUAGGAGCGUUUCACCCAAUACCUGUUGGAUAACCUCCAUAAACUUUACCAAGCUCCAAAAAAGGCAGGGAUUUGUCAAGGAAUUCAGAGGUAAUGCAGCACCUGGGCAGAACUUAAAAAAUUUUAUCUCUUAUCUGCUGCUCUCAGUUUGAGUGCUGCCUUGUUACUGUUAGCAGGGUGUUGCAGUGAUUAGAAUGUCUAUAAAUGCAGAAAAAUACACCACGUUCCCAGCAGUAUCUCAGAGGUAAAAAGGCAGGUUUGAAUUUCUCAGCCUCCAUUCUGAUUAAGAUCUUUGACUGUUGUUGUAUAUUUUAAUGGUUUUAUGAUUCUUUGAAUAUUAUACCAUUGUGUAACUGAUGGAGAACGUCAUUGUGGACUUCCACGAGAUUGACCUGUCCAACUGGUGGAAGAUCCCGAUGGACCUGACCAGACUGCCCUGUCCAACUGGUGGAAGAUCCCGAUGGACCUUGACCAGACUGCCCUGUCCAACUGGUGAAGAUCCCGAUGGACCUUGACC